CUGGCUCCCUUCCAAAAGAUUGUCCGAAGAUGGCUGCAAUAGAUUUUGCGCGGUUGCGCAAUCAGACAAUGGCCGAUGGCCUCGACAGCGAGGUCACGGUCAAUACACGUGCUCUGAUCGACAAAGUCCUGGCCCGUUAUUCGAGCGAGCAUACAACACUACGAGAGUUGAUCCAAAAUGCCGCAGAUGCAAAAGCAGAUCAAGUCGUUAUCAAAUUUGAAACUGACCCAUCUCUGACUGUGCCCGCUCCCCAGGGCGUCGAGGACCCCGUUCUGCUAAAGCACAUUAUCCAACAUCAUACGCUCAAGCGGCUUGUCGUCAGCAAUAAUGGCCAGCCGUUCACUGUCGCUGACUGGAGUCGUUUGAAGAGCAUUGCGGACGGCAACCCAGAUGAGACCAAAAUUGGCGCCUUCGGUGUUGGAUUCUACAGUGUCUUUGCCGAUUGCGACGAGCCCUUUGUCAUCUCGGGUGAUAGGACAAUGGCCUUCUAUUGGAAAGGCAACAUGCUGUCUACUAAAGCUGCGCCUGUACCACCUGAACACAAGACGAGAGACACAAUCUUCAUGCUCGAGUACCGACAAGCGAAUCCAGCAUCCCCCUCAUACAAUCCGUCAAAGCUUCCAAACCUCCCCACUUUAUGUCAGUUCCUAGCUACCAGUCUCACAUUUGUGGGUCUUGAAAGCAUCGAACUACAUGUAGACGAUUAUGUGGUUGCAUCCUUCACCAAGAAGAUCUCCUCCCCUGAGAUUGUCCGUGUGCCACAAGGCUUGAAGACCGAGACUGAAGGAGGUUUAAUGAAGGUGACCGAUGUCACCCGCCAGCACUCUCAACUCGACGCUGCCUGGAUGAACGUGAUUGCGACUGCUCAACUGCCGCCGAAGAAAGCCGCCGAUAUCGUACAGCAGGAGGUGCGCAACGCUGGUUCGACAUUGCGCAGUUUCUUUUCCAAAUUCUCAACGCCACCACCUGCGCCUGCCAAGACGGUCAAACCUGCUCCCGAGAAGCAAAAUACAGGUGAAGAGAUAGCAGGCAAUUCAAAGGGAACAAUUUUCCUGCAAGUGUGCACUGUAGUAGCAGCCACCAAAGUCUCGCGAAACUUUGCAGCAGAGAUUGAAAGAGCAACGAAAAAGUCACCUCCAAAGACUACUAAGAUUGCUCUUUUGACCUCCCCUUACCAAGACCCCUCUGCUACUUUGACGACGGGGUCAGGAAGUUCUGCUUCGCUCGCAUCUAAGAUUUUUGCCGAGGUUCUGCCUACAAAGUCUGGGCGCAUCUUCAUCGGCUUCCCUACGGCACAAACAACGGGUUAUCUUGCACACAUCUCGGCGCCAUCUCUGAUCCCAACUGUGGAGCGUGAAAACGUUGAUAUGAAUGCUCGUUACAUAUCCACGUGGAACAUUGAGCUUCUGCGUGUUGCUGGUUUGGCAUGUCGCAUCACAUAUGCAGCUGAAUUGGCAGCUUUGCAGGCUCAGUUUGGCAAGGAGCCGUUGGAGGCAUUGAUCCCAAGGACUGCCUACGUAUUUCAGCAGUACACGGCGAAAUCCUCCCAUCCCUCUACAGCUCUUGGUGAUUGCAUUGAUGAAGCGUUUUGGAACUGUUCCAAGGAGCGUUCUAUCGAUAUCCUCUCAACCAAGGGCGUCAUGCCAAGCAAACGAGUACGCAUGCCUGCAGAGACCCUUAGCUUCCUUGGAGAAGUGCCCAUGGUUCCGCAAGAACUCGCAAAUGCUGCAGUCGAUUUUAUGCUAAACUUGCACAAUCGCGGUUUCAUCACCGAGCUCACCAUGCAUGAUAUUCGGCAAGGUUUGGAAUCCCGCGCGCUCAACGAAGAAGAACUCUGCGAGUUUCUGAAGUGGUGUGGCUCCAAGUUGGAAAGCGGCGAAAUCGACGUACCAGGCUCAAGGAGCUUGUUCGAAAACACUGUCGCUAAUAUCGACGUUGAACCAGAGAAGAACUCAGGCAGAAUACUCGCAUUGGGGGAUAUUGGCACAUUCGUUAAUCCGGCCCGCAUCGGUCCACAUCUGCCGCUCCCUCCUGACACCAUACCAUUCACGUUCACUAGGGGAAUUUCAAUGAGGCAAUUACAAAUGUUCGGAUGGACAGAGUUGACGAUGGUGCGAUGGCUCCGACACAUGACAACACAACCACAAUUGGAACAGUUUACGACUGACGAGAACUUGGCUCUAUCCGUGCUCACAUUAACUUCCAAGUGCUGGGAGCAACUUGAUGGCACCUCCAAGGAUUCUGUUGUCAAGAUUUUGGCUCCUCAAAAGAUCAUGCCCACAAAGAUGGGCAUGCGGCGACCAACGGAGUCAUACUUUCCGACUGUAAAACUUUUUGACGAUUUGCCAACUGUGAAGCCAUUUGCUGGCUCAAAAGAGAAGUUCUUACUAUCGCUUGGGGUACGAAAGACCAUCGACCUCCCCAUGGUCUUUGACCGGAUGCGCAGUCGUGACGGGGGACAGACAGAGAAAUCAGAGCGACCUUCCUGGAAUCACGUUGAUCUUAUUCGUUACUUUGCAUCCGUUAUUAACGAAAUUCCCAAGAAAGAUCUAGAUCGACUACGCGAGACGGCGUUCCUGCCGGGCGAGGGUUCGACUGUCAAGCCUGGUCAGCAAUUCAAAGCCUCAGACCUCUAUGCUCCAGAUCCAGCGAUAGUUGCCCUGGGUCUGACACAAAUCAAGUUGCCUUUCGAGUUCAAGCCAAGUACUCGAGAGGGUGUGCUUCUCUUGAACCUCGGGCUACGGCAGUGGCCAGACUCCAUCACCGUUGCAAACAUACUGCAUCGUGCCGGUCAGGCGAAGGAUUUCCAGCUCUACACGCGUGCCAUGGAUUACUUGUUGUCAAACUACUACAAGAACAACUAUACGGCAGAGGCAAGCCGGUUCGCUGCCCUAACCCUUCCCAUACUACCGACAAAGCAGGCGCCGUUUCCCUCAUUAGUCGGCCCGUUCCAGUGCUACACAAAUGAACAUGCAGCAUGCUUAGGGUUCCCGAUACUCAGAAGCGACCUUCGCAGCCAUGCUGAGAAAUUGGGGGUCCAGCGCGAUCCGAGUAUAGGCCCUUGCGUGCAGUAUCUGAUCAAAAACCCUCCCAAAACCAAGCUGGAUGCUGAGAUGCAAUUUGCGUACUUAGCCUCACGAGGUUCUGACCUGGAUCAAUACAAGGGACUGAUUCAAAGCCUGGCGACUGCUAAUAUCGUGCCGAUAUUCCGAAAGUACUACCUUGACCCGACCUGCAGUGGAUUUGAGGAUCGGACAAAGAACCAGACAGGAAAGACUGAGAUGCGUAUUCAUCACUACGACCCGCCUGAGCAUGUAUUUGUCGGCCGUGAUCAAGAAUACCGCGGCAUUCUCGACUACGUUCAUUACGGCGCAGAAGCCACUGUCUUCCUGCUCAAAGUCGGUGCAAAGCAUGAGCCCACGACACACGAUUUAGCAUAUCUACUGGCUAAGAAUCCGUCGCGCUUUCUCAACACGAUUGGUCAAGAGAAAUAUCUCGACCUACUUAGGAAACUGGCCGAGCAUGCCGGGAGUCUAUGGAAAGACAAGGAGCUAGUCCAGUCACUUGUGGCUUCGAGACUGCUUCUCGGAUAUCGCGACAUCAAGGAAGAUACGAAAAAGGUUGAGGCCGGCGAUGAAGACAUGGAUGACCUGGAUGAGGAUAGUGUGCAUCGUGAAUGGUCACUCAACAAAGCCAACGAGAUUGUGAUCAUCGACAAUGUCAAUUACAUGACGAGGUUCCGUGACUUCAUCAUUGCAGCGCCUCAAGAGGAGCUUCUAGAGGAAUUUUACGCGCGCUUUGGCGUUCAAAGGGUCUCGGAUCUCGUCAAAACCGACCAACGCAUUGGGACAGUAGUGCGUGACCAGACGCCCGCUCAGGAUCUUCGACGCGACAUUCUUGAACGCGUGCGUCUCUUCCUCCACGAAUACGAGCGUGAUGCUUCCUCAAAGGCGAUCCGACAUGACGCCAAGUGGCUGGGCUCAAACUUGACGGUCCAGUGCGUUUCCGAUAUCUCCAUUCGGUACUCACUCGCAGAGCGGAAUGUUGCUACCUCAUCGAGGAAGUCGGCAGUGAUUAUCAAAGUUCGUAUUACUGGUUACGUGUUGAACAUAACACCAAAAUAUGACUUGUAUGAAGUGUCGAGCGAACUCGUCAGGCUCCUGGUAUCGCGGCCAAAGCGGAACGAUGCGAUCGCGCUUGAGCGUAUUUUGACUGAGCCGCUUCGUCGGUUGCAACAAAAGGGCAUUAACGUAGAGCGCAUUCUACGCCGGAAAGAACACGAAGCCCGCAUCGCCAAGCAAGCAGAGCAAGAGCGGGAAGAGGAAGAACAGCAGCGCAUGGCAGAGCAGGCCAAGUCAGGUGGGCUUGUCAAGUCGGAAAACCGAGAAAACGUACCGCCUGCAACACCUGAGAAGAGCAAACACGUUCCCGGUGCGUUUGACAGUCCAGAGACGGGCAUGGAAGUUGCGAACCACGGACCGCAAUCCGACAAUGACAGCCUCAUCAAUAACUGGGCGAAGAAGCUCGGGUUUAGAAACACAUCCACGCCUCCUCCCAGCGGCACCGACGGACCCCAGAUCAGCCGCGACAUCCAAGCCACCAAGUCCAACAUCCAGAACGCCAUCAAAGAGUGCCGCCCAACGGGCAUGUCCAACAUCAACACCAAGCACCACCAAGACGCCACGGAGCUGGACCGCGGUGGCUACUGCCGCGGCGAACAAUGGGAAAACCUGCACAAAGCCUUUUCGGUCCCCUUUUCCGGCCGCCACGUAGACAUUUACUAUGGGCUUGACGAAACAGCACCGCUAUCCGAUCUGCAAUCGCAUCUGCAAGCCUUCCUCCCGCUCAUCUUCGGCCUCACAUCCAUCUUCAGCGUCAACCCCGCCGCCGUCAACAUCUUCCUCGACAAGAAAUCAAACACCGUCGCCUUCAACAUGAACGGCAGUCUCUUCUUCAAUCUCGCCUGGUUCAUCGCCCUGCACAGCGACGGCUGCCAGACUAAAGAGGGCAAACUCAGGGCCCUCGAUAGCUGGUUCUGCACCUAUUGCCAUGAGCUCGCGCAUAAUCUGGUCGCAGAUCAUAAUGCGAGGCAUAGUUGGUAUCAGCAGCAGAUCAUCAUAGAGUAUAGCCAGCAGUAUCGCGCUGCGCUGGAGAAUUUCACGCAGGGUAUGUUGAUUUAG